AGAAACAACCGAAGGGAAAAAACAAACGCACAGCUGAAAAGUUGUACACGAUGAUUCAUCGGACAGGACAGAAAAAAAAAGCAUGAAAAAUUUCACUAACCACGCACACAGAGCCCUUUUUUUUCCUCUUCUCUUCCUUCCUUCUUUCUUUCUUCCUUUUGACACAAGAAACAAACCACCUGUUCUUUUAUUAGGUACUACAGAGGGAUUGAUUGAUCAACAAGGAACUUCAGCAUGCUUUCCAUCAGAUCCCAGAGUGUCCGUUCGCUCUCGAAGAACUCCACUAUAACCCUCUCAAAGGUGAUCGCUUGUCGUGUAAAUGUCCGCCGUUACAGACAUGCGACCGCUACUGCCACGAGACCAGAGCCGGCUCCUUCAUUUGCAAGCGAGAGCCAAGUGCCACCGGAGGCAUCUAACCUGGGCGACUUGUUGCAGAAGCCAGCUACGGAGCUCGAUAACUCGCUUGUGGGGCUCACAGGUGGUGAGAUCUUCCACGAAAUGAUGAUCAGACAUGAGGUUGACACUGUGUUUGGUUACCCAGGUGGUGCUAUCUUACCUGUCUAUGAUGCUAUUUACAACUCUGACAAGUUCAAAUUCGUUCUUCCAAGACACGAACAAGGUGCCGGUCACAUGGCGGAAGGUUACGCAAGAGCUUCUGGUAAGCCAGGUGUUGUCUUGGUUACUUCUGGUCCAGGUGCUACGAAUGUUGUCACCCCAAUGGCUGACGCUUUGGCUGAUGGUAUUCCAUUGGUUGUCUUCACAGGCCAGGUUGCCACUUCUGCCAUUGGUACGGAUGCCUUCCAAGAGGCUGAUGUUGUCGGUAUCUCUAGAUCCUGUACCAAGUGGAACGUCAUGGUGAAAGACGUUGCCGAAUUACCAAGACGUAUUAACGAAGCUUUUGAAAUCGCCACCUCCGGUAGACCAGGUCCUGUUUUGGUUGAUUUGCCUAAGAAUGUGACCGCUGCUGUUCUCAACCACGCAAUUCCAAUCAAAUCCACUUUACCAUCAAACGCACUUCAACAGAUCACACAAGCUGCUGCCACCGAAUUCACGAUGGCCGCAAUCAAGAGAUCUGCUGAUUUGCUCAACCAAGCAAAGAAGCCAGUUAUCUAUGCUGGUAACGGUAUCUUGAACUCUGAAGAAGGACCAGCUUUGCUCAAGGAAUUGGCUGACAAGUGUCAAAUUCCAGUCACAACUACUCUCCAAGCACUUGGUGCAUUUGAUCAAGAGGAUCCAAAGUCAUUAGACAUGUUGGGUAUGCACGGUUCUGCUUUCGCUAACUUGGCUAUCCAAAACGCUGACUGUAUCAUUGCAUUGGGUGCCAGAUUCGAUGACCGUGUCACUGGUAGUAUUCCAAAGUUUGCGCCAGAGGCUCAAAAGGCUGCCACUGAAGGACGUGGUGGUAUUAUCCAUUUCGAGAUUGCUCCAAAGAACAUCAACAAGGUUAUUCAGGCAACAGAAGCCGUUGAAGGUGACGUUACAAAGAACCUCAGGGCAUUCAUUCCAUUGCUUAAUGAAGUGAAGGCUAGACCAACGUGGUUUGAUCAAAUUAAAAAGUGGAAGCACAAGUACCCAUACGAGUACUCCAAGGAGACUCCAGGCUCAAAGAUUAAACCACAAACAUUAAUUUCCGAGUUGUCAAAGCUUUGUAACGAAUCUGGUAAGGAAACCAUUGUCACGACUGGUGUUGGUCAACAUCAAAUGUGGGCUGCUCAACACUGGACCUGGAAAACCCCAAGAACUUUCAUCACCUCUGGUGGUUUGGGUACCAUGGGUUACGGUUUGCCAGCUGCUAUUGGUGCUCAAGUUGCUAAGCCAGAUGCUAUCGUCAUUGACAUUGAUGGUGAUGCAUCUUUCAACAUGACCCUUAUGGAAAUGUCUUCAGCCGUGCAAGCAGGAGCACCAGUGAAAGUGUGUGUGCUCAAUAAUGAGGAGCAAGGUAUGGUUACACAAUGGCAAUCUCUCUUCUACAAGCACCGUUACUCCCACACACAUCAAUCUAACCCAGAUUUCAUGAAGCUUUCCGAGGCUAUGGGAUUCGAAGGAAUUAGAAUUGAAAAGCAAGAGGACUUGAUCCCAGGCUUGAAGAAGUUCUUGGCUGCUGAGAAACCAGUCUUGCUUGAAGUUAUUGUAGAGAAGAAGGUUCCAGUCUUGCCAAUGGUUCCAGCUGGUAAAGCCCUUGAUGAGUUCAUCGUAUAUGAUGCUGCGGUGGAGAAGGCUGAAAAGAAGCUUAGAUCUGAGCGUACCGGUGGUAAGCACUGAGUUCUUUGAUGCAUACUCAAACAUGAAAUUAAUCCGCAUCACAGUUGCAUAAUGACGUUAUUAUUUCUUUCUUAUGUUUAUUUGUUUUUGGUUAUUCAUGAUUCUUUACGAUAGUUCAUGAUUGGAGGGAAGGAGAGUAGCGUAUAGGGGUGUCACUGCUUGAAUGAGUUUCAAUUCCUCAUAAUAGGAGGAAGACAAGAGAGAGAGAAAAAAGUUCCUAGUUGUUGUUUUUUCAUAUAUAUA